UGCUAUUACUUCCUCAUAUCCAAUGAAUUUCACACAAGCAAAAGCGGGCCGGUUUGGGCUGCUUAUAGCGACGUUAUGUAUAUUCGGUUCGAAAAGUCACGCACUCAUCCAUUCAAAUGCAAACUCAUUGUUGGAGUAUGGUGGACGCAAUAUAAAACAUCAGCGGUACUUAGGUAAUCAAUAGGGCAAACGCGAAUAGCUUUUUAGAGUGUAAAGUUGAUCGUAGUUGAUCGUAGUAAAACAAUAAAAAUAUAAGACGAAAUGGAGAGAAAAUUACAUAGUGGUAUUCAUCAUCCCACCUUGCGUAUGCUACAGGAAUCAGGUUGUGAAAUAACGCCCCACAAUUUAAUGUAUCCAAUUUUUGUAAUUGGAGAUGAUGACGCAGUCGAACCUAUAAACAGCAUGCCGGGUCAAUCGCGUAUGGGUGCCAAUCAGCUGCGAAAAUUUAUGGAACCACUUAUACCAAAGGGUCUUUCUUCGAUUCUCCUGUUUGGAGUUGUGGAUUCCCAUUUAAAAGAUGACCGAGCUACCAAUGCUGACUCAGAUAUAAAUCCAGUUGUACGGGCACUACCUCGUUUGAGAAAGUGGUUUCCCACACUUUUAAUUGCUUGCGAUGUUUGUCUUUGUCCUUACAUGAAGCACGGACAUUGCGGAAUUCUUGGAGAAAAUGGGCUUUUGAACUCUCAAAGCAUUGAACGUUUGGCAGAAGUAGCCGUUGCAUAUGGCAAAGCGGGUGCGCACAUUGUUGCUCCUUCGGAUAUGAUGGAUAAUCGAAUUCGUGCUAUCAAAGAAGCACUGAUAGCAGCAAAUUUAGAAAAUCGUGUAUCUUUGCUGUCAUAUUCGGCUAAAUUCGCAUCGAAUUUUUAUGGCCCCUUUCGCGAUGCUGCUAAAUCUGCACCAGCUUUCGGCGAUCGGCGUUGCUACCAGCUCCCUAGUGGAUCAAAGGGCCUAGCAAUCAGAGCUGUUCACAGAGACGUGGUGGAAGGAGCAGAUAUGCUUAUGGUGAAGCCAGGCAUGCCAUAUCUGGAUAUAUUGCGUCAGACAAAGGAUACCUAUCCAAGUCAUCCCUUAUAUGUGUAUCAAGUGAGCGGAGAGUAUUCGAUGCUUUAUUUUGCUGCCAAAAAUGGAGCCUUUGAUCUAAAGGAUGCCUUAAUGGAGACAAUGAAAGGUUUUCGUCGAGCUGGAGCUGAUUGCAUUAUUACGUACUUCACACCAACACUGUUAGAUAUCUUGCUUGAACUUAAAUAACACAGCGUAUCAGUUUUUACCUUUUUCAUAUCGCAUAUUAACUGAAGGACUGUAUUAACCCAAAACACACAAUUUUUCAGGAGAUGCAUUCCAAGCUUUCAAUUGACACUCAAUGCAGAUAAUUGGAAUGCAUAUUCGCUGCUUUAACGACUAGUUCUGUAUCAUCCCAAACAUUUUUUUAUUUUGUUGUGAGUUUUAGUAAAUGGGCCAUAUAUGUAUGUGUACUUAUAUAUGUAGGUAUGUAUGUUUUAUAUCUACGAGUCUUAAUUUUAAUGUAACUGACGGUCGUAUUUCAUAAAAUAUCUACAUAAGUCCGAAAAAUUACAAUUUCAUCAGCAUAGUUUCUAUGUGCAUACAUGGAAAAGCAUACAGCGGUUUUCGGAUUUUCAUUUGUGGUUUUCGGAACUUUUGUUUUCUUGAAAAAACUAUUGGAAAAGGUGUAGGUAGUAUUUGAUGCCAUUUUACUGAGGAAUAUGAACAUAUGUACAUAUUCCCGCAUGGAAAGCGCGCCUACUUUGCUGCGAAAUAUCUGAAUAUCUCAAAGCUAGAAACUAUAUACACCUUUUUCGUUCUAUGACGAAUAAGGCACCCACAUAUCCGUUUGAAUAAUUAACGUACCCAAAAUCACACCGAGUAAACGACUUGACUCUUUAUGCCUACAAUUAUUUCAACUAAUAUUUGUCAAUGCUAUUCAUAUCAGGAAAUGUAUUCCAUCUAAUUUUCGCGGUAGUUUAAACAAAUGAUAUUUUAAGAAUGUCCGGAAUGCAUAUUUCCUUUAACUUGAUUACAGUCUCUCACUUAACCCGAUAACAAAUUCAGUCAUGGCGCUUCAUAUUAAAAUCAAAAACUACAUGCAUAAUUAUUUAAUUUUUAUUUAAGUAUGGAUUUGCAACACCGACGCAUUUGACACCAAUUAGAGAACCACGUUGGAGACCAAGUUGAUAACUAUAUAUUUCUCAAGUUGAGAAAUUUAAUUAUUUCCAUAUAAAAAAAUGCACUUUUUGUUGCGGAUGAUAUGAUUCUCCAGUUGAGCUAUAGUUGAGAAACAACGUUCGAGAUUUGAGAAGUACCCUAGUUGUCAACUUAACCUCAAGUUUAACAAAAGCAUAAAUGUUAAUGGGUUUGUACUUAUUUCAUUGAGUCUUUUUUAUGUACAUAUACGUCCUAGAAUUAGACAACUCUCUACCUUCUUGGUUACUUAACUAAUGUUGAUUAUAUUUUAGUUUUACAUAUGUACAUAUGUGUGUACAUAUGUAUGUACUAUUAGAUAUUUUGUUGCGCUAUUAAAGAUCUUGCUUUUGAUUUUAUUGUGCUAAUAAUUUGUAUAAUAAAUGAAAAAUGGGCAUGAUUCUAAAUGUGUACUACAUAUGAACAUGUACAUACAUACAUAUAUGUAUAUAAACUACUGGUGUUACCGGUGGUCAUUAUACACAUGCAUACAUACAUACGAAUAUUAUGUUCCGUAAGAAAAAAUAAAAUACAAAGGAUCAAUUCUGUGAUCACAUUAAACGCAAA